AUGUGCCUCUACUACGCCCACACCCACCCUUGCGGCCAUACAACGACCGUCUUCGCCGCCUUCUGUGCGCCGGCCCAACUCAUCCAGACGGCGUGUCCUGGGGGCCAAGGGGGCGAGAUAUGGCAGAGCCUACGCAUGGAGCACCCGUGCACCUCCUGCAAGCCCGAUGUAGCGGAUGUAACAAAAGGGAAGAAGAAGAUGGUGGCGAGGCGGUGA